GCCAAAGCUGCAAAUUUAGGCGCAACACGAAAUCUCGCAUGAGCGAUCGGCAUUUACAGGUUGUGCCGUUUCCCUUUCCCUUGGUCGAAGUGUGUCGUGCAUAGAAUUUUGCAGGGCGAGCGUGAUUACCUGGAGAUCCUGGUUCAUCAACGAUGGCGAAUACACUACAACGCGCGGCAAGCCAUGGUUGUGCCCUGCGCGCCACUUUGGCUCCUCUGUGCCGGCCAUUUUCUGCAGACGCAUUGGUCGAGGUCAAACCUGGAGAGAUCGGAAUGGUUUCUGGAAUUCCUGAAGAACACCUUCGUAGGAGGGUUGUAAUUUACUCACCCGCCAGGACUGCCUCUCAACAAGGAUCUGGCAAGGUUGGAAGAUGGAAGAUCAACUUUUUGUCAACCCAAAAGUGGGAAAAUCCACUCAUGGGAUGGACAUCCACGGGGGAUCCAUAUGCCAAUGUUGGUGACUCUGCCUUGAGUUUUGAUAGUGCAGAAGCUGCAAAGGCAUUUGCUGAAAAGCAUGGUUGGGAUUAUGUGGUCAAGAAACGCCAUACACCAUUGCUGAAGGUUAAAUCAUAUGCAGACAACUUUAAGUGGAAGGGCCCGCCAAAAGUUGAUGGAUAAUGAUUUGUUGGUUUGUAUUCCUUUCCAAGAAAGUUCAGAAUGAUGCAGUUUUUUCCAUUCCCAUCUUUUCUUGGAAGAAGGUUGUAGCGUGAUUUCCUUGAUUGAAAAUAAAUGAGAUUGAAAUUUCAAUGCCUAAGCUAACUGAUCACUUGCAUCUUUGUAUUAUAUUAUUGGGGAUUUUGAUCUA